AGAAAAUCCAUUGAUGGUUUGGGUCUACAAUGGUUUUGGUUUGGCCCACUGAUUCUUGAUUGGUUGGUUCCUUCCUUUUAGACGGUUGGUUUUGUUCUGAAGUUCUGGGUAUUGUAGUCAACGGUCAAUGUCAUCGCCGUGAAGAGGCCGCGGAGAAGGCACGGUUAAGGCUAAGACUCUUCCCUCUCUUUGGUCCAUUCAAAUUGGCUGUUAUACACGAUAGUUUCUUAUGAUCUAGACUCUAGGCUUAGUUAGGCUUUUCUGUUAUCGCCAUGGAUUUCGAGAGUAGAAGGCUUCAUUUGCUCAUCUCCGUUGUUGCCAUCGUUGCUCUUAGCUUCACAGGAGUAUCGUUGAUGAAUUUGGAUAUCCCGUUGAGGUAGGGUAGGAUUUAUUGGAGAAAAACAACUAUGACUGGUUGUAUAGUCCAAGAAACAACGGAUUGAUUGAGGGGAAGUUUUCUUCUUUCUUUCUUUCUUUUAGUAGCAUGAAUUCUAAUGAUUGCCUUGGACCUUUUGUGCUUAUAUGUUUUUCUUCUUGUGUGGCCAUUACUCAUUAGCAAAACAAGUAAACUAACUUCUGGUUUUUCUAUAAAAGAAAUAACUUUUUAUUUGAAUAAACCCUCAAUUUCAUCCUUCAAAUAUGACCCUCUCGGCAAUUGUCCCUGAAGUAAAAUUAUACAAGUAAUUUCUCAAGUAUUAGAAAUCAUGCUAAGUAAUCCCUCAAAAAUUGAAAAGAAUCUUCAAAUUAGUCCCUGAACAUCAGUAAAAUAUAUUAAAUUAGGAACUAAAUUGACGGAUAUUCAAUACUUGAAAGAUAAUUUAUAUAGUUUUAUUACUUUAGGACUACUUAAGAGAGAGGGUAAUAUUUAGGGGACCAAAUUGAUGGUUUAUUGCUUUUCAUUUCUUACCUUACAUUGUCAUAUUUGACUGUUGAAAAUCUCAAAAUUACCCUGUUUGGUAAUUCAAGUGUCUGUUUAUGCUCAUGUAAGUUGCUUCUUUCAGCUGAAAAAUGCAGGGAACUUGUUGGGGAGGAGGGGUCAUCUCAGAGUGGAAAGUUUACGAUCUUAAAUUGCUUCGAUAUGGGUUCUGGAACUGUAGCAUGUGCUGUCAAGGAAGGUGUGAAGCUCUAUUUUUACAAUAUUAGGUCUUCUCAUGCUGAAAGAGCAAGGAGCCAAGCAAUUGAGUCUGCCCUUGUUGAUGCUGUUGCUCAGGGGAUGUCCCCAACGGAUUCGGCAAAACAUGCUCAGAAAGAAGGUAAGAAGGCAGCAAAAUUGGCUUCCCGUCAAGCCAAGCGGAUUAUAGGUCCCAUCAUUUCUUCUGGAUGGGACUUUUUUGAGGCUAUUUACUAUGGUGGUACUGUCACAGAAGGGUUCCUUAGAGGCACUGGUACUUUGUUUGGUACUUAUGCUGGAGGAUUCCUUGGGGAGCAAAGGCUUGGUAGAAUUGGCUAUCUUGUUGGAAGUCAUCUGGGCAGUUGGGUUGGUGGUAGAAUAGGAUUAAUGGUUUAUGAUGUGGUUAAUGGAGUGCAUUUGUUGUUGCAAUUUGUUCAGACAGCAGAAACUGAAGUUCGCGAAAAAUCCGAACGAUCUGAAAGUUCCUUUUUUGGUGAAACUCCUGUUUAUGACGGCUCUGAAGGCUCCAGUGUUUAUGAAUCACCUCUCGAUGAAGAAUCGUAUGCCUAUGAAUCUACUGAACGUCAGAGCUAUGAAACAUAUGAAGAUUCUGAACUGUGAUGAAAAUCUAAAGUUCGUAUAUUGAUAAAAUUUCAGGCAGCUCCGAGGGCCUUUAGUGUUGACAAAAUCAUCUCCCAGCGAAGAAUCCAAUGCUUAUAUUCUAGUGAACCUCAGAGCCAUGUAACAUAUGAAGAUUCUAAACAGAUGAAAAUUUGAAGUUCAUAUAUUGGUACGUGCUCAAAUUUUAGGUCGAUUAUUAGUGUUUUUCUUCGAUGUCUUUGUUUCAAUAUAGUAGGGAUUGCUAACCUCUGGAGACUUUAGAAGUGCUCCACCUCUUGUAAUUGGCGAAUAUAGAAGGUCCUAACAAUUAUGCUAUUGCUCAAUGUAUCUGUUGCAAUACUAUUGCUUAACCGGUCGGAUUCAAGGGGGGGAAAAAGUCACAAAGAGAAGUUGAUCGAAACUAUAAUGAUAAUGGUUUUCAGUAGGCUUGAAGCAUUGAAA